AGGAGUUCGCAGUCGAUGAAAUUUCAACUAAACUUCACCUUACUAGGUAAGUCUCGUUUAAUUUUCCAAUUUUCUUCUAUGUAACAUAAUCCUUCUACCUUAAAAUACAAUAUUUAAUAUAUGCAGGUGUCUCCAGUCAAAUAUUGUCAAGAGGGCAGUUUAGCGGUCAGGUGUCUGGGCCUAAAGGACGAGUCUGGGCUGGCGAAGGUAGCCCUUUUCAGUGACCUUGCUGAAAAGACUUACAGAGAGUGCAAAGUUAUUGAGCUGUCUGGUGUGUACAAGAAGGAGCACCAGUCGAAAAAACAGCUGGCCAUGACUCAUGGAACAAAACAUCAGUUCUUACCUGAUGACACUGUGAAAGUCGACAUAACUGAAGGGGACUCUGAGCACUUCAAAAGUGAUAAAGAUUUUUGUCUGGAGGACAAUGAAAUUCUGUCAAAUUUUGAGCUGGAUGCCAUAUAUGAAGUGACUGGGUACGACUGUUGUACCAAACAAGUCUGA